ACACUCUGUUCGGGGAUCAGGGAGGAGGGGGAAGGAUGAGAGGGUGCGACCGGAAGCGGAAGUUAGCCAUCUCCUCUGCCGUGUCCAUGGAGUCAGGGAGCGGGCCCGGAGAGGCGGAUGCUGCGCUCGGUCACCGAGCCACCGGCCUCGUUACCGCCGCCGGCAGGAACGGAAAGGCGGUUGUGUGCGAGCGGUGCGGCUCCCGUGUGCUCAGCCCCGGGGCAGCUCGGUACCAGCGGAUAGAGAUGUUUCUUCCAUCGAUGAGGCAGAGUGUGGCACUGGGCCCUGAGGAAAGCUCAGUACAAGGGGAUAUGCUCCAGGAGCAUUGGUUCGUUGAUGACAUGUAUACCUUUGAGAAUGUUGGCUUCACCAAGAACGUGAACAAUAUCAAGUAUCUGGUUUGUGCUGACUGUGAGAUUGGGCCCAUUGGCUGGCACUGCCUGGAUGAUAAAAAGAGCUUUUAUGUGGCUCUGGAUCGAGUGCAACAUGAAUAGCAGGCGAUGAGGAGCCAGCAGGGUUACAGCACAAUCCACUGGUGGGAUGCUUCUGUCUCUCACUCUGCAUAUACUCCCUGUCUGUCGCCUGAGACUGGGGGCUGAACACAGACUUCCUCACAUGGCAUCCCCAACAGACUGUUCUCCGCAGAUGUCUGUGUGAGCCAUGGUGUAGACUGCACACACAGCUCUUUACCUGUGGCAUACUGACCAGUCUAGUAUUUCACCAUCACAUGCCACACAGUUUCUGAUGAGGUGAUUGCUCAGUUUGAACCAUUUUUGUUAUUAUUAAAAACUGUUCUCAA